AUGUCCUUUCUCAUUCUUUUAUUUGCAGCUGUAAGCGCAGCCACCAUCACUAUUCUCGAUCCUAGUGACUUUGCGAGUCUAAAAUCAGACGCAGCAGAUAAUGUACUCACUGCGAAUUGGGAUUAUGCGCCACUUUCAUAUCAGGCAUACGCAAUCACAGGGCCCUAUUUCUACAACAACACGUCGAAGGGGGUCUCGCACAAAACGCUCAGUGUUUCCAAAAACGACACCAGCGUUGUUGUAAUCACAGAGGAUUCCCAUGUCAAUAUCUCUCAGUCCACUGUGAUCAAGCAUGGCUAUUCCAGUGAUUUAUACCAAUCAAGCUUCUAUGGACUGAACGCUGCCGUGAACAUAGCUAAUGCAUCGGUUGCCUAUCUUGAGAAUAUCAAUGUGACAGUCCAUAAUGGAGCCGCCAACAUUUAUGUUUACGGAAACAACUCAUAUGCAUACAUUUCGGACUCGUCUUUAUACAGCUCUGGUCCGGUGUCCCAUGGAUUGUAUGCUGCUGGUUACGGUACCGUGGUCGGCAAGAAUCUUCGUCACUACUCUGGGGCAUACCGAUCGUCGUCUUUUGCCGGUGACAGCCCUAAGGGAUACGUCUAUGUCUACGACUCUAUUGCACACACCGCAGGCAUUGGAAGCGCCAUCUUCUACGGCCAAGGAACAGUCUAUGCGGAAAAUAUUCUUGGCUACGCACAGCAGGCUCCGAUUGCUUUUCUGGACGGUUCUCAGAUUGACAUUCAUGGAUCCGAUCUCACCGCCGGACUACUUGCUGGUGCUGUGAUUUUCUCAUCUGGAACUCGACAGUCUGGGUCGGAGAUCAGUUUUACUAACUGUCGCCUAACUGUCUUUCCUGAUGACGCAGCUGGCCUUUGGUUUGGGAACGUGAUAGCAAGCGCAAGUCUAGUACGAUCGCAGAUCCAUACUACGUCGGGCAUUUUGGUCAUUGCGAAUCAUUCUCAGGUGACCCAGGACUUUAACUACUUUGCCGAUUCUACUGCAGCUGCCGAUGCUACGAUUACAAUCUCCGAGUCGUCACUCACUGGGGACUUGGUCGCCUACAAUGGAAGCUCAAUUAGCUGGACCUUGGGCAACUAUUCGACAUGGACUGGUACCGCAUACUCUGGCUAUGGAAAUGCAUCGUUUUCCGUAUCACUCGAUGCUUCUUCGUCAUGGAUGUUGACGGGGAACACGGUCUUGACAAACUUCACUGAUGCGGAUACCACUCUGAGCAAUGUGCAUAGUGCGGGAUACAAUCUCUACUAUGAUUCUAGUAGCUCUCACAAUCGCUGGCUGAAGGGUGCUACGAAGAAGAUGCAUGGUGGGGGGUACAUCAGACCUGCAAGCAAGUUGCAACUCCAAGGAUCUCACUAA